CCGCGCGCGGCCGGUUCGCCCUUCCCUCCGGGGCCGCGCGCCCGCUCGGCUGCGUUCGGCACCGGGUCACGGGCUGCAGAUGGGCGCCCGGGGUGCCCAGGAUGCGGGCGCCGGCCAAGGAGCUCUUCCGCGACGCCGCCUUCCCGGCCGCGGACUCCUCGCUCUUCUCCAGCUUCUCCACGCCGCUGGCCCAGUUCCGGGAGGAGAUCACCUGGAGACGGCCCCAGGAAAUCUGCGCCACGCCCCGGCUGUUUGCAGGUAGCCCGCAGGAAGGGCAGGUGAAGCAAGGGCUGCUGGGGGACUGUUGGUUCCUGUGUGCCUGCGCCGCCCUGCAGAAGAGCCGCCGCCUCCUGGACCAGGUCUUCCCUCCAGGACAGCCGAGCUGGCUCGACCAGACGUACCGGGGCUCCUUCACCUGUCGAGUCUGGCAGUUUGGACGCUGGGUGGAGGUGACCGUGGAUGACCGUCUGCCUUGUCUUGCAGGGAGACUCUGCUUCUCCCGGUGCCAGAGAGAGGACGUGUUCUGGCUCCCCUUGCUGGAGAAGGUCUACGCCAAGGUCCACGGCUCCUAUGAACAGCUGUGGGCGGGGCAGGUGGCAGACGCCCUGGUGGACCUCACUGGUGGCCUGGCCGAAAGGUGGAACCUGAAGGACGUGGCUGGAUCCGGUGGCCAGCAGGACAGGCCCCGCGGCACGGGACGCAGGACUUGCCGGCAGCUGCUCAGCUUGAAGGACCGCUGUCUGCUGAGCUGCUCGGUGCUCGGCCCCAGGACAGAGACCCGGGAGCUGGGCGAGUUUCAUGCUUUCAUCGUGUCGGAUCUGCACGAGCUCCAGGAUCGGGCUGGCCGGAGUGUCCUGCUGCUGCGCAUUCAGAACCCCUGGGGCCGGCGGUGCUGGCAGGGGCCCUGGAGGGAGGGCGGCGAAGGGUGGAGCCAGGUGGAGCCGGCGGCCCAGGCCGAGCUGCUGUCGCAGCUGCAGGACGGGGAGUUCUGGGUGGAGGAGGACGAGUUUCUGCGGGAGUUUGACGAGGUCACCAUCGGCUUCCCCAGCACGGAGGCUGGCCACCUGCAGAGCCUGCACUCAGGAAAGGUGCUGUGCCACACUCAGGAGUUGCCCGGGGCCUGGGUCAAGGGCCAGUCUGCAGGAGGCUGCCGGAACAACAGCGGCUUCCCCAGCAACCCCAAGUUCUGGCUGCGGGUCUGCGAGCCCAGCGAGGUGUACCUGGGCGUCCUGCAGAGGCCCCGGGUGCGCACAGCUGGCCGCCCGGGCAGAGACUACCAGGCCGUGGGCCUGCAUCUCUGGAAGGUGGAGAAGCGGCGGGUCAACCUGCCCAGGGCCCUGUCGGCGCCCCCCGUGGCGGGCACCGCGUGCCAUGCCUACGACCGCGAGGUGCACCUGCACUGUGAGCUCGGCCCGGGCUUCUACCUGGCCGUGCCCAGCACCUUCCUGAAGGACGCGCCAGGGCGGUUCCUGCUCCGCGUCUUCUCCACCGGGAGAGUCGCCCUCAGCGCCGUCCAGCCGGCCGCCCCAAGCCCCGGCCGCCGGGAGGCGCCGCCGGCGGGCGAGUGGGAGACUGUGCGGCUGCGGGGCUCCUGGAGAGCCGGCCAGACCGCGGGGGGCAGCCGCAACUUCGCCUCCUACGCCAGCAACCCCCGCUUCCCGCUGUCAGUGCCGGCGGGCGCGGGCCCGCGCUGCGUGCGCAUCUCCCUGCGCCAGCACUGCCGCGACCACCAGUGCCUCCCCAUCGGCUUCCACGUCUUCCAGGUUCCAGCAGAUGAUGGGGGCCAGGACGCAUCCUCCCUGCUGCUGCAGGAGCCUCUGCUGAGCUGCGUGCCACACUGCUACGCCCAGGAGGUGAGCCGGCUCUGCCACCUGCCCGCCGGUGCCUAUCGCAUCGUGCCCUCCACCUACCUGCCAGACACAGAGGGCGCCUUUACGGUGACCGUGGAGACCAGAAUCGACAGGCGCUCCAUUCACAGCCAGGAGAUGCUGGGGCAGCCCCUCCAGGAGGCCUCCUUCAUGGCGGUGAUGAAAGCCUGAGCGGCUGACCCUGUGUGCGGGCUCUGGUGACCCACGGUGGCCGGCCUGCGCGUGUCCCAGGGGCAGCAGCCCUGCGGUCUAGCAGGAGCCGCGGGAAGAGCCCAGGCGGGCGCCAGGGUCCUUGUGGCUGAGCCUCCCGGAAUCCUCCACGUGGUCUCUCCACUGCCCAGGAAACAGGCCAUACAGCGGACGGAGUGCGUCGGGACACACCUUGUUUGAACUAUUUGUUAGAAACGUUUUUAGGAUCCAGUUUAUAAAUAAACACGA